AUGCCGACAAUCUCAACUUCAGCCUGGGAUGCAGUGGUCAGCAAGAAGAACAGUGAUACACCCGUUCUCAGAAAGUCUUACUUACCAUCAUGUCAUUCUUUUUCAAAGGCCGUUCACCCCUUCUUUGGAGUCUUCCACCCCAACUUCUCACAUGCCGCACAAUCUUGCUGCGUCUUCGGGUCCCAAAUCUUGCCACCCCAGCAUUUCUUGAGAGCACAACCAGCCUUGUUCUUGGUCUCCUCGGUCGCGUCUUUCGCCAUCGCUCCAGAGUUUUGCCAGGCGACCAUACAGGCGUCAGUUACGUCAACGCCGUUGGGUGUCAAGAGUGAGGAGGGCAAGGAACUUGAAUUGCAUCUUGACUUUAUCGUCGUGGGAUUGUGUUGCUGUACUGUUGCAAUCUUUGGUGUUCUUGCAGUCUGCUUAUAUCUUUGUGUCAUUUUGAUGACUCUCCUGAUGUCUUGUCCUUGGAAACUUCACGAAGAUGUUCGUGCUGUUGCCAUACUUGUUAGCAUUGACGUCUGUUUCAUCAAAGAGACUCAAGUAGAGCCUGGUGGAACAUCCCAGCUCGCUGUCAGGGCAUUCCUUUUCGGGCAAGAGGCUCUCAGCCGAUCUCAGCUCAGUGGUGCAAGGGCCUUCAGACACGAGAAUCGAGGAAAGAUUACACGCACUUCUCGUGAGAAUGGUGACUUACUUGCUGUUAUUCGUUGGCUGCAAACUUGGCCACGUUUCAAGCGACAUCAGCCUCUUGCAAAAGCCUCCGAGCCCUGGAAGCAGAUGAUGCCUGUAUUGAGUCAUCGAACCACGCCGGAGUCACCAUCUACCAUAAAAAGCUAUGCCAUCCAUUCGGGCUGUGAUUGCGACUUGUUAUCACGCACAGCGCACGGUUCAAUUAUCAAUAUGACUUCGUUGAUUGCCUAUGUUCUGCUAUUCUAUGGUCUAAAAUACAGUGUGAAAAUCCUUCUCCUGCCAAGAACUGACGCGUCACACUUGUUGGUAGCAGGAGCUCGAUUCACCAAGUUAUUGAUCAGACUUCUCCAACGACAAAAGAUCGACGAGUCAACUGACAUUUAA